GCAGAGGGCUCUUCUCCUAUCUAACCAGUUAAACUUUUCCUCCCCAGCCUCUCCCUCUUGCCCCUCCCAAUGGCAGUCAGCCUGGGGGAGUGACUGUUUAAGAAAGGAGACCUCACCAUUUAGCAGCUUGGUUCUUCUGCAGAUUCACUUCUGCUCAGAACGCUUGGCAUUACUGCAAAGAAUGCACUGAGUUUCCAUUUUAAUACAGAAAACCUAUUGGUGAGUGUGCAGUUUCCAAGAGGAUUCAUAAAUAUUGUUUUUCUGCCAUUGCAUCUGCAUUACGCACAGACUUUGAAAUCACUCAUAGGAACUCAUUUGGAACAUAAAAUGUUGAUAACGUGGUUCUCAAAACAGGCUUCCAAAAGCAAAAAAAUUAAAAGCAACGUAUUCAGCUUAUCUGGACUCUCUUCUGUAAAAAGGUCAUGUAAUAACCCCUAUGGCAGAGCCAUGCCCUGGGAAACCUGGAAAAGAACAGUCAGCUCUACAUGUACUACAAGGACUACACUAAAAUUAGCUUCCUGCUAUUCCCAGUACCUAAGCACCCACAAGUAUUCCACUUUGCAUGAAAACUGCUUUCCUGCCAAUUAUGAACAUAUUUUCCAGUCUUCAGUACAAGAGCCUGAAAAAGUGUGGGGAGAAGCAGCUGGGAAUAUUGCAUGGUUUAAACCAUGGUCUAAAAUAAUGGACAACUCCAAUCCACCAUUCACAAAAUGGUUCAUUGAUGGAGAACUCAAUAUAUGUUACAAUGCUGUAGACCGUCACAUAGAAAGUGGAAGAGGAGAUCAACCUGCAAUCAUAUAUGACAGUCCCGUGACCAACACAAAGCAAGCUAUUACUUACAAAGAGAUCUAUGAACAGGUAUCAAGAUUAGCUAGUGUUCUGUGUAAGUAUGGUGUGAAGAAAGGAGACAGAGUUGUCAUCUACAUGCCAAUGAUCCCACAAGCAACGUAUGCCAUGUUGGCAUGUGCCAGGAUUGGAGCUAUUCACAGCCUUAUCUUUGGGGGAUUUGCAUCUAAAGAGUUAGCAGUCCGCAUUGAUCAUGCUAAGCCCAAACUGAUUAUAACGGCUUCAUUUGGAAUAGAGCCUGGUAGAAAAGUGGAGUAUGUUCCUCUUGUAGAAAGAGCUCUAGAGAUUGCUGAGCACAAGCCAGAGAAAAUCGUAAUAUACAGCAGGCCCAACAUGAAAGAAGUGCCUUUAAAGGCUGGUCGUGACCUUGACUGGACAGAAGAGAUUUCAAAAGCUCAUCCUCAUGACUGUGUCCCUGUCUCUUCAGAGCACCCACUCUAUGUCUUGUAUACAUCUGGCACUACAGGAUUGCCUAAGGGUGUUGUAAGAUCUUCUGCUGGCUAUACUGUGAUGCUCAACUGGACCAUGUCAUCUAUUUAUGGACUGAACCCUGGCGAUGUGUGGUGGGCAGCAUCUGAUUUAGGCUGGGUAGUCGGACAUUCAUACAUUUGCUAUGGACCUCUCCUGCAUGGAAAUACAUCUGUUUUAUAUGAGGGAAAACCGGUGGGAACACCUGAUGCCUCUGCGUAUUUCAGAGUACUGUCUGAACAUGGAGUAGCAGCCAUGUUUACUGCACCGACUGCAUUAAGAGCAAUACGCCAGCAAGACCCAGAAGCAGAGCUGGGCAAGCCUUUCUCCUUGACCAAAUUUCGUACACUCUUUGUUGCUGGAGAACGGUGUGAUGUGGAAACCCUGGAAUGGUCUAGGCAAAUCUUCAAGGUCCCUGUACUGGAUCACUGGUGGCAAACUGAAACCGGAUCUCCUAUUACAGCCACAUGUAUUGGCUUGGGAAAUUCCUUAAAGCCCCCCGCAGGACAAGCAGGAAAGCCUGUUCCAGGAUACAAUGUUAAAAUACUGGACAACGACAUGCAAGAAGCAAAUCCAAAUACAUUAGGAAAUAUUGUAGUAAAAUUGCCUUUACCUCCAGGAGCUUUCGCCACCCUCUGGAAGAAUGAUGCUAUGUUUCAGGAUUUAUAUUUCACAAAGUUUCCAGGAUAUUAUGACACAAUGGACGCAGGGUACAAGGAUGAAGAUGGUUACAUAUAUGUCCUCUCUAGAGUUGAUGAUGUUAUCAAUGUUGCUGGCCACAGACUUUCAGCAGGAGCAAUUGAAGAGUCUGUACUAUUGCACAAGGCUGUGGCAGACUGUGCUGUAGUGGGAUUGGAAGAUCCACUGAAAGGGCAUGUUCCACUCGCUCUUUGUGUACUGAGGAAUGGUGUGGACAAAACAACUGAAACAAUUGAAAAUGAAAUUGUGGCCUUAGUUAGAGAAUAUAUUGGACCUGUUGCUGCUUUUCGGAAAGUAGUAAUUGUAAAGCAGUUGCCAAAAACCCGCUCGGGCAAGAUACCUCGCUCCACACUUUCUGCUCUUGUAAAUGGCAAAUCUUACAAGAUUGGAUCAACUAUUGAAGACCCUGAUGUAUUCAAAUAUGUUGAAGAUGCUGUAAAAGCAAUAAUAUAAUUGUAUGUACAUACUGACAGUAAUAAAUCCCAACUCCGCAUUCUCUAGCAUACUUACCUGUAUAACAGUAACUGAAAUAGGGGGCUGCAAACUACUCCGCAAUGGCUAUGAAUUAUGCUUCAAGCAUUUGAGUUCAUUUAAAAGCCACAUAGUCAUAUUUUGUGCAAAAAUGAUUGGAACAUUUUGCAGAGUUUAAUAUGUGUAUCUAGUCCCAUUUAUUUCAUGGCUACUGAGAAUUUUGGCCUAUUUACAGCUGAAGGAUAUACACUCAACAAACUUUAACAGUUAUGCAGCCUAUUCAUUCCACAAUGAAACUUUCUAUUGUAUGAACAUGGCAAAUGUUUCUCCAUAUAGACUCUGUAACAACAUCUUGUAAGGUCGUCCCUAGCUGCUAAUAUGCUACUGAGCCUCUGUUGCUAUAGUAAUGUUGCUAUAGAAACGUAGAGCAAUUUUUGACGUCUGACGCACAAACUCCUGAGAAGACCAAAUGCACAGGACUUAAAAAAAGAGAUGUUUUUUUACUUGAAAAACAAUAAAGCAGAGUAAAAAGUCCAAGUCUCAAGUGACUGCAAAAGCAUUAACUUAGCAGGAGAGCCCUACUGAAUGUAUAGAAAAUACAAUGUACUUUUAUUUUGUUUUUUUUCACCAGCCUAGAUGUGAAACAACUUUGUUCUAAUGUUUCUACUCUAUUCUAGGAAUAAUCUCUUGAGCUAUCUUUAAAAAAAAACAAAAACUACAGUUGCUAUGAAUUACAUAGGUUCCCUUUGGUUACCUGUAAGGAUACUGUACUACUAGCCUGUAAGUGAACUCCGUUACCUCUCUGUAUAGUAAAUAACCAUUCUCUCUUGCCAUUUUACUUUUUAAUGUUCUCUGUGAUUAUUUUUCCAGGUUAUAAACUUUUUUAUAAUUGGGCAGAGAUUUACAGUUUGUACAAUGUUUGGAUUCUUUGUAAUUCUUCUCUGGUAAUGCUGCUAGAAUGCUAUUGUUUUCUUUUUAAAAAUGUAAUUAAAAUCUGUUUUACAGUA